AUGUUAAGCUUUCAAUUACAUUAUCAACUUCAAUUUGGUGAUGCAAUUUAUAUCUCUGGCGAUUCCGAUUACUUCGGCAAUUGGUCUCCGCUUCAAGCCAAGAGAAUGAAGUGGAAUCAAGGACAUCUGUGGACCAUCGAUAUCCCCAUUCACUAUUUCCAAUAUAAGUACUUUGUCUCCUCCUUCAAUGAUCCGAACUCCGAAGAAUGGGAAUUUGGACCAAAUAGACUCAUGAGAACAACAGAACCUUCAUGUAAUCAUUAAUUAAAUCUUGAAAAAGGCAUAGUUGAUGUGUGGAAUCAUCGAAAAGUGAUGUUCCAGUGCUACAAUCCCCAACAAUAUCCCAUGUUUAUUUCUGGCUCAUCCUUGGAUCUUGGUUAGAAUGCUAAACGAGUAAGUAUGAAGCAAAAAUAAGAUAUAUCUUAUAAAAAAAUACUUGCCAAUGUUAUCGAAGACAAGGUAGUUCACUAUCAAUUCCAUGUGAAAACCAAAAAACACUACUCCAGUUCAAUCCUGACUCUGCAUCUCGAUUCUACAAUCUCACAAAACCAAAAUCUUGACUUCUCUUAUAAGAACUACAUUUUAGCCUUUUGUACAGGAAUGGAAAAGAUAAAGAGAUCAAUCUAUCAAUUGGAUAAUCAUAUCUGUUAUGGUUAUGUACCUCGUGAUCAGAACGAUUUUAAUUUGUUAAGGGAUGCUAAUCUCCAUACAAUCAUUGAAUUCUCAAAUUAAGCUGAAUAGGCAGCACAUUCUAUUAAAUUCGGGGAGUUCAAUUACUUCACACUCAACUUCCGGUCAAAUAUGAAAGGAACCUAUAUUUCUAACCUUAGUCCCUUAAUUCAAUUACUAAUCACUAAAUAUCAUGUAAAUGUUAAAUCAAAUUAAUAGGUUAUCUAUAUAUGUAACAACUCAUUAUCUCAUCUUAGAAAAUAUCUUUAAGCAUACAAAAGUCUAAGCAUCUCUAAAUGA